UUAUGGUUUGCGCUCCCUCUGUCUGUCAGUCUGUCAGUCUGUUUGUAUGUCAGUCCGUCACACUUUUCUGGAUCCUGCGAUUCAUGCAACUUGAAUUAUGGAUAGAUGGCAAUAUGGAGAUUAUGCACGUCACUUCAUUUUGUUCAUACGUCAAGAAUUCUGGUUGCUAUGGCAACAUAUAAAAAAAUAUAUAAAAAUUACUAACAAUGGUGGAGUUUCACCGGUAGGGGACAAUAUUGCUUGGCAAUCUCUUGUUUCUAGAUGCUAGGCAUAAAUGGGUUAAUUGAGACAGGUGUGUAAUGUCUGGGCCAAAAAAUAUAAUGCCAGUGUUAAAUGGGUACGGCUGAUGAGUGUUGACAGGUAGUGCUUAGAUUGUACAAAACUAAUCAUGCAUUUUACAUGUAGAACUUGAAUGGAUGACUUAACCUUUUGAUUUGUAUGGCUUGUAGUUGAAUAAUUUAUGGAUUUAGUGAAUAAUUAUGUAAAAUCUAAAAAAGAAAAUAAUGAACAAUAAAUACAAUAAAAUAAUUUAUGGUUCAAUGCACAACGAUAAAUUAAAAAAUAUAUCUUGUCGCUGGUGGAGUUUAACCUACAUUGGAAUAUCCAGCUGUAAAAAGGGUUUAUUGUACCUUCGAGCAUUACCUAAUAACACUAAGAAGGCAUUUAAAUUGGGAAAGCAGCAUGUGUUUGCCACCUGCAGCAGCGUUAUUUGACAUUGGAGCUGUAUGUUAUUGAUAACAAUUUAUUGAUUUUAUAUGGACUCGUUGAACUUAUUACAUGCCAGGGUCUGAAUAACAUUUAUUACCCACAGGGACGUUGUUAAUAUUAUCUCAAUUUCAUUGAUGUCUCUGAAAUGAAGGUUUAAUGGAAAAAGCAUAAUAACGAGUCUAUUUACAUAUUCCUCUUGAGUAUAUUCAUGGUGCCUAUACCACGUGACUUUUUCAGAUCUGUGUUGGGAGAAUAAAGCGCGACCCAGUUAACAUUUUUUAAGGAUCUCUUGUUAUGCCCCCUUUCGAAGAAAAGGGGGCAUAUAGUGAUCGGACUGUCCGUCUGUCUGUCUGUCCGUCUUUCUGCCACAUUUUGCGUUGAGGUUUUGAAAAAUGCUCAUAACUUAAAUGUCCCUUUAAAUCUAACCUUCAUAUUUGGUAUGCAUGUUUAUAUGGACAAGGCCUUGCCAUACGCACACAAAUUUUGACCCCUGUGACCUUGACCUUAAACUUAGGGUCUGUGUUCAGGUUUCGAAAUCUGCGUUUCGGUUUCGAAAAAUGCUAUAACUUCUAUCAAAGCAUUUAUAGGGGGCAUAUGUCAUCCUUUGGUUACAGCUCUUGUUAAAUAUUUAAUCAUUUUUAAUGGGAGUUUUCUAGAGGUAUCAUGAUCUUUUUAAACAAAUAAGAUUCUUUUCAAUAAAGUGCAACGGCGUGUUUGAACGGUUAGAAAAAUGUCGGAUCAGUACGUGCACUUCAUAUUACAAACGCGUGGCUUCAUUUAACUGAAAAAAUACUUAUUUGUUUAAAAAGAUCAUGAUACUCAGAUAUGAGCAGGCUCUCCGUCCGUCGGUCUUCCCGUCCUUCUGUCCGUCCGUAUUUCCGUCCGUCUGGAGCAAUACCUUGGAAGUGCUUUGGCUAAUUUCAUUGAAACUUGGAAGUGCUUUUGCGGAUUUCAUUGAAACUUGGUAUGAGUAUAUAUAUGGAUAAGAGGAUGAUGCACGCCAAAUGGCAUUGUAUACCAUCUGUUAAUAACAAAGUUAUGACCCUUUGUAUCUUUAAAAAAUUCUUUUUUUGUGUGUGUCCGGAGCCAUAUCUUGAAAGUGCUUUGGCCAAUUUCAUUGAAACUUGGUAUGAGUAUAUAUAUGGAUAAUAGGAUGAUGCAUGCCAAAUGGCAUUGUACACCAUCUGUUAAUAACGGAGUUACACCAUCUGUUUAUAACGGAGUUACGGCCCUUUGUAUCUUGAAAAAAUGCUUUUUUGAGUGUCAAAUAUAACACUUUUGUGUCAAAAAGCAUAUUGGCGGGGGAUAUCAAUUCAACGAAUUUGCUUGUUUUAACUCCACCAUGCCAUAACUUACAAAGUUUCUCACGUUUUUAAUUGGGUUGUGAAUUUUAUGUUUCUGUACAUUUUUAAAUUAAUUAAUCUUCGCUGAAUCGCACUACAUUGUCUUUUUAAAAUAAUGCGAUAUAUGCUGAAAAAACAUUGAAAACCUUAUCACCCUGUAAAAUUAUCCAUGAAAUUUCAAAGCCUGAGCACCACCUCGGAAGUUACAUUGGCUCAUUUAUUAAUGAAUCUCAAAAAAGAGGUGGGGCCCGUGAUUAACAGCCGUGUAUCUCUGCAUAUUAUUGUGUGUAUUUCAAAUUUAUAAUUAGACUAAAAAAAGGUACGAAUUUUGAAUUAUAGCUGCAAUUGUCAUCUAUUUCUACUUGUUUCUGAAAUAUUUUCAUUCAAUUUUGGUGUGGUCUUUUGUUGUGGGAGAAAGCGAGAGUAUCCAAGGAAACCCCACCUGCGCAUUAUGGUGGCUACCAACCAAAAUCCCAUGGUUCAGUGAACAGGGAUUGAAUUACAUGGCUGUAAUGAAACAUUGCAAACACUUACUCAGAUCAUUUGUUCAUAUGGUAUCAUGGCUACACUCAGCUUUGAGUCUCAGGUGAGGUACCCAUGGCCUUUGACCCGAUUGUUAGUCUUUUGUUGUUGUUUUUUAAAAAUUGUAGCGUGCAAAUUUUGAAGACUAUAAGUGGUUUCUAUUAUACAUAAUGAAUAUUUAUCAAACUAGCAAUUUCCUCAGACAAAGCAUCUCAAGGUAAAGUAUUUCAGGAAUGACAAAGACAAUUGUAUUAAUUGUUAAUUUCUCAUAUAUUUGAUACAUUAGUCUGUUAAUGCAUUAUUUAUUAUUAAACAGUACAUUCAUUAAAACUAGUUUUGAGUCUUACUUUGCAUUCCAGUCAUCUGCAGUUAAAAAUACUCUUUGAUUAUACCCAUGGUAUCAAGUUCACUUAAACCGACUAUUCUCGUUGCUUUAUUGAUUGAACACAACCUUGAGUUAAAAUAUUUCCUGUUGUACGCUCAAAUAAGCCAACCGUAAACUCUCGUGACAGAUAACAUAGUUACCUUGUUUACUGAAGUAUAGCUUUCAAACAAACUGGAGUUGUAUUUGUGUUGGAUGGUGGCAGUGUAAGGUGUUACUUGUGAACUGAUGUCCGACAAUUGCUAGAUUGGUGUGAUUUUAUCAACUCUUUAAUUUAGCCUACCAAUAUUAAGACAUACCAAAAUAUUGAAUGAAAAUCAAAGAGAUUUUAAGAGAUCUUAAGCUGUGAAUUUUGUAAAACUCUCACUAAAAUGGCAACCUUUUCACAAUCCAUUAUGGAGAAGGGAUCUGACAUGGUCGAAGAGGAUCCAAACAAGGUAUUCACCUUGCAGGGGAAGUCUGUAAAAAAUGUGAAAAUAUCAAGUGAUUCAUUUGAAAGCAAUAUCAUAGCCAUCUUAGUUCUCCAUGAUGGACAUGUCCUGGUUGCAGACCACAUUAAUAAGAAAAUCAAGCUUCUUGACCAGCGUUACCAGGUUGUGAGUCACUGUGGUGUGAGUGCCUGGCAAUGGGACUUGUGUCUGAUCACUGCCAGUGAGGUGGCUGUGACUGUGAGUGAUACUCUUACAAACACACAUGAGGUCCAGUUUCUCACAGUCAACAACAGUCUGAUGGUGACAGGAAAGAAGCUUCAGUUACCACAUGAAUGUAUUGGUAUUGCCUUUCACCAGGGAGACCUGUACAUUACUGCUAAUACUGCACUGUAUAAGUACACACUGAAUGGGAAACUUGUAAGCAAGAUAUAUGAGGAUAAAGCACACCCUUAUACAGUAUGGAAGUGUGCUGUGAGUCCCACAGGAGACAAGUUGUACAUCACUAACAACUCCCAGCAUAAGCUCCUCACCCUGGCCAGGGAUGGGUCAGUCCUAGCAACCUUCACUGACCCAGCACUACAAGCCCCACGUGGUGUACACGUGACACCUGCAGGCCAGGUGCUGGUCUGUGGAGGCCAGUCGGAAGCUAUCCUACAAGUGGACGGUGAGGGCAGAAAGAAGCUUACAACUCUUGCUACACAGGCGGAUGGAGUGGUGGAACCACAGUCAGUCUGCUACAACAGACACACUGCCUCAAUCAUUGUGGGACUUGAUGAGAACAAUAGCAUCCUUGUGUUCAAAGUGCAAUAGAGUUACAUUGUGGUAUGAUACUUAACCAAUGUUGGUUUCUUUGCAGAUGCAUUUAUUUUGUAAACAAAUAAUGUUAUUAAUUCAAAGAAUGUUAAGAGUUUCUGUGAACAUGAAAAACUGCAUAUAGGUUAUUAUAUUGUUACAUCGAUAGCAAUUGUUUUUUAUGCCCUCGAAGGAGGGCAUAUAGUGAUCGUACUGUCUGUCUGUCCGUCUGUCUGUCCGUCUGUCUGUGUGUCUGUCUGUUUGUCACACUUUGCGAUUAGGUUUAGAAAAAUGCUCAUAACUUAUAUGCAGGGAUCAUAUUUUCCCGCAACAUCAAUCGGUCCGGAUUUAAAUGGGGAAAAAGUUUCCGAAAAUUUAUAUCCGAAAUCAUGACAAAUAAGUUAAAAUAAAAACCAUUGAUUUUGCUAUUCAUGAAGAUGGUAUAAUAAAUGUACAAGUUAAAUUCCCUUGGGAAUUAUUUUUAAACGGAACAUACGAGUUUUCUCAUUUUGUUUAUUCAUUUGCUAUUUCAUUGACAUUGGUUGUUUCGCGUGCUGUUUUAUCUGACUGUUUUUCAUCGUUGUCAAUAUUAUUAGUCUGUGUAAAUCUAUACAGAUGAUUUAAAUCGUUGUCAACUCGAUAAUAGCUUA